GAGUGAAAACUUUUGAAAAAAAUCUCUUCGAGAACCUUGGCGCCCAUUUGUGGGGUCGUACCCUUUCGCUGGUGCGGCUCGAUCCCGGUGUGAUAUUCCUGGCAGCAGUCAUGGCAGCAACCGCCAUCUCUGGCGCUUGCCUCGGCAAUACCGAGGCAUCUUCGUGUUCCAUAGCGGCCAUGCCGGUCAUCUCGAUGCGCAGCACGGCUGUCACACGCGCAGCGUCGACGGGCCCAGAACGACAGCUGUUCGUCGCCUCCUCCCGCUUCUGCAGCAGAACCGCAGUAGCGCGUGAGGGUGGAUUUUCCGCUGCGCCGGCGUGUCCACCGGGGACACCGCGGAAAGCACGGAGCUUGGCUUGUUACCUCCGGACUAAGGAGGCGAUGGCUGACUGGACGGCGGCGGCGGCGAUUCAGCUGACGGAUCCUGUCUGUCAUCGCGCGAAGGUGAUGGCGAUGGCAGCGGGUCCCGCCGUUCCCGCGGGGGAGACGACGGCGAUCGUGCCAGACAUCCCCGUGCGGUCCGGCGGCGGCGCAAGCGCUGAAGCGGCGGACGCGGAAGCGGCGUCGCAAUUCAUCCGCCCGCAUUUGAGGAAGCUCGCGCCGUACACUCCCAUCGAACCGUUCGAGAUUCUGUCAGCCCGUCUGGGGUUCGAUGUUACCGAGAUUGUGAAGCUUGAUGCCAAUGAGAACUUGUAUGGGCCACCUCCUGAGGUUUUGCAAGCUCUUGGUUCAAUGGAUUUCCCAAAUAUAUAUCCUGAUCCUGAGAGCCGCCGCUUACGUGCGGCAUUGUCAAAAGACAUUGGCAUUGAGAUGGAAUACCUGCUCGCAGGCUGCGGAGCAGAUGAACUCAUUGACUUGAUUAUGAGGUGCACGCUGGACCCUGGUGAUAAGAUUGUGGACUGCCCACCAACCUUCACUAUGUAUGCGUUUGACGCUGCUGUCAAUGGUGUGGAAGUUGUGCAAGACGACGUUUCGGACUGCAGGUCCCAAGGCGACGCCUUGGGCCAGCAGCCGCAGAGAAGAAGAAGGCAGAGGAUGCAGAAAAAGCGACGUGAAAAGGUAUUCGGGGAGGAGAAAGUCUUACUCACUAUGGCAGCGGAAUGGCGGACCGAGGCCGAGGGUGGCGCAUUUAGCUACAGCGGACUCAAGAUCUCGCUGUUGCUCUCCCACCUCACUGACCUCCUGGCGACGUGCAUUGCACAACAGGAGGACAUCCAUUCCCUCGAAAACGAGAUCGAGCAAGUCAGCAGCUGCCUCAAGCAGCUGGAGCAACGACCCGUCGCCACCCUCGUCGCCAGCUCUUCGAAGACUGCAGAUCGCCUCGACGCCUUGGAGAUUAAUGUCGGAACACUCACGGACGGCGCACGGGCACAACAAGCGGCUACUCAACAACUCGAGCAGCGGAUCUGCACUGCCGCCGCUGGCCCGAGCACGUCAACAUGUGAGACAAUUCCGAAGUUCGAUGGACAAGAAAUCUUCUCCGACUCUAUGAAGACGGACCCAAUUCCAUGGUUCCGCCAGUUCGAGCUCAAGUUAGAGCUCCACCACACCAGCGAAGACAAGAAACACGCGUAUUUGCACUCCCAGUCGGGGGGCACGUGCCAAGCUUGGUUGGACAAUCUCUUGUCCACGCAUGAGGUGGUGGCUUCCGAGCUACAUACCAAGAUCAGCUGGGCUGAUCUGAAGGCGGCGUGGCAUAAGUGGUUCCAAAUAGAGCCGUCGGAACACCUUGCCGAGCAGCGAUUGGAUUGUCGAGUUCCAAUGCUCGGCGUCAACGCCAGACGUACCGAUGGGCUUUAUGGCCAUCAAACACUACUUCAUUUCGAGGUCGUGUCCGACAUUAUCCAACGCAUUGACUCAAGCCGCGGAGACUCUCACUACAACUGCGGAGCUCUUCUUCAAGGCCGCACAGAUAAUCGUCACGGACACGGAGGCCAAGAACCUUCAUCGUUCGCCUGCGUCAGGCCUGAGCAGAGAACAACAUCGGUCGAAAGUGGACGUGGUCGCGGCAGCAACACGAUUGACCCUUCAAGCGAGGCUGCAUCUGCCAAUGAGGGGGACAGACUCGCAGCCGCCCGGGAUGGUGGCCGCCAUAGCAAAGACCGUGGACGUGGCAAAUCGACGACCAACACCAUGUCAAACCCCGGGCCUGGUGCAGCAGCUCAAGACCCAUGGACCCACUGUGGUCUCCCGGAGAACCUCAACGCGCAAACCGUCAAGAAUGUGGAGCCUCUUCCUCGUAUUGACAAUCUUCUUGAGCGAUUGGGUGGCGCGAAGUACCUUUCCAAGUUGGACUUGAAGUCGGGCUAUCAUCAGAUUUCGAUACGCCCGAAUGAUCGCUAUAAAUCCGCGUUCAAGACGCGGUAUGGGCAUUUUGAGUGGGUGGUCAUGCCUUUUGGCCUCACCAAUGCCUUGGCGACCUUUCAAGCGACAAUGACCAACGAGUUUCGUGCGAUGUUGGACCGGUUCGUGCCGGUCUACUUGGACGACAUUCUCGUUUAUAGUCGGACCUUGGAGGAUCAUCUUGAGCACCUUCGACGAGUGUUGGAGACGCUCCGCCGCACCAAGUACAAAGCCAAUCGCGACAAGUGCGAAUUUGUCCGACAAGAACUGGAAUACUUGGGCCAUUUUGUCACACCGGAGGGCAUCAGUCCGUUGUCGGACAAGAUUCAAGCCAUCCAAGAGUGGUCGGAGCCGCGGAAUGUCACAGAUGUCCGUUCGUUUCUUGGCCUUGCCGGCUACUACCAACGUUUUAUAAAGGGAUACUCGAAGAUCGCGGCCCACUUGACCAAGCUUCAAUGCAAGGAUCGGCCAUCCGACGUCAGUGAGGAUGCGCGGGGUUCAUUUUUGGCCCUCAAGGCCGCGUUAUUAUCCGCAGAGGUCUUGUGCAUCUACGACCCGUUAUUGCCGACGCGCGUCCCUCCCGAUGCGCUCGGCUAUGGCAUUGGUGUCAUCCUCGAGCAAUACGAUGGCGUAGACGGGCACCCGGUCGAAUAUUUCAGCAAGAAGGUGCCUGUUGUGCACUCAAUCGACAAUGCACGAAAAGAGUUCCAAGCCUCCGUCCACGCGCUCAAGCGGUGGCAGCAUUUUUUCCUUGGUCGAAGUCAAUCACAAUGGGUGACGGACAACAAUCCGUUGGUCUUUUACAAGACCCAAGAUACGAUCAACAGCACCAUCGCCCGUUGGAUGGCUUUCAUCGCCAGUUUGACCUCUUUCCUGAUCACAUCCCGGGGAAGUCAAACCAUUUUGCGGAUGCUCUUUCACGGCGUCCGGAUCAUUGCACUGCCGUCUAUUCGACCUUCGAGAUCGAUGACGACCUGGGGGACACCUUCAUCCGAGGCUACUAAGCCAAUCCCGAGUUUCGCGACAAGUGCACGAAUUGCUCCUCUCCUAAUCCGGCGCCAUCGCACUACCGGAUCCAAGAGGGGUACUUGCUUGUCCACACGCGGGGGAAGGACCUUUUCGUUCCAAGUUACUCUCACUUCCAUAGGCGGCUUCUUGGCGAGUUCUACGACCCUCCCGCCACCGGACACUUUGGAGUCAAUCGAACGAUUGGCCGACUUCGCGAGCGAUUUUGGUGGCCCGGCCUUCUCGGCGACAUCACACACUAUUGCGAGUCAUGCGAGGUUUGUCGACGCUGCAAAUCCUGUAAUCAUCGCCCAUAUGGCGAGUUGCGACCAUUACCGGUCCCCUUGCGCCGAAGGAAAGCGAUUGCCAUGGACAUCACCGGGUCGUUCCCUAAGCACAAGACCGGUGUGGAUGGGAUUCUCAAUGGGGUCGACCGACUCACCAAGUUCGCCAUGUUUUUGCCUUGUCGCUAUCAUGCCAAGGCACCAGAGUUGGCCGAGGCUUCCAGGGUUCCAGAUUGACGUAGAAGGCAUCAAGACGGCAGUCAAGGAACAUGAACCCAAGGCUAUCUUCCUCACAUCGCCGAACAAUCCAGAUGGAAGUGUGCUGGGUGACGACGAUCUGCUUGAAAUUCUAGAGCUCCCAGUCCUGGUCAUCCUUGACGAGGCGUAUAUUGAAUUUGCAAAAAUAGAAACACGCAUGCUUCCAGGGUUCCAGAUUGACGUAGAAGGCAUCAAGACGGCAGUCAAGGAACAUGAACCCAAGGCUAUCUUCCUCACAUCGCCGAACAAUCCAGAUGGAAGUGUGCUGGGUGACGACGAUCUGCUUGAAAUUCUAGAGCUCCCAGUCCUGGUCAUCCUUGACGAGGCGUAUAUUGAAUUUGCAAAAAUAGAAACACGCAUGUCUUGGGUCAAACAAUUUCCAAACCUCAUUGUCUUGAGGACUUUCAGCAAAAGAGCAGAGUGUGAAAAGUGCCUUGGUUGAAGAGCGGGAGCGGCUAUUCGGUCUGCUGUCAGAGAUUCCAUUUCUCCGACCAUACCCUAGCCAUGCGAACUUCAUUCUGUGCAGCGUGCUUGGUGGCAUGGACGCAAAGAAACUCAAGGCAGACUUAGCAGCAAAGAAGAUCAUGGUUCGUCAUUACGAUAAGGAGCUUCUUAGCGGAUACAUCCGGGUAUCCGUUGGAAAACCCGAACACACCGAUGCUCUGAUGAAGGCCCUCUGGAGUAUUGCAGGGACGCAAUCUUGAAGUUUUUUUUUUCUUCUUCUGCGAACACCCUGGCUUCUGCAGCAUCUGUGGCGCAAAAUGCUGAAAGGCUAAAAGCCCUUGUUGUUUUUGACACCAUUAUCACCAUUUUUAAUUCCUUUUAAGUUUUAAGAGUUCUCUCCCAUGCAGCACACCAGAGAGCACUGCCAAAGUCUGCGUCACAGGGCCCAGGUAUCGUAGUAGACAAGGAAAUUGGGAUUAUCAGGAUCCCUUUUUUGUGUGAAGUUGCUGUAGACAUACAGCCUAACUCUACCCAUACAAGUAGAGUAAGCAGGCAGUUUAUCCAAUUCUCUGCUGCACCAAGGCCCUGAAUGAAGAGCCAGCGUGCAGCGGCAUGCACGCACUUCCACGUCGUUCCUUGAGCCCACCGCGUCAUAACAAACGAGAGUGUCCCACAUUAUGAUUGGUUGCCGCGUCCUUCUCACGCCUGCCGAACCCAUGUUGAAGCCGAAACCACCUCACUCGUUCUGAGUGUUUGCUGUUCCGUUCCCCGAAGCCUCGAUUGCUGCUGUGUUGUCCCCUGUAGAACUCAAUGAAGCCUCCCCUCUUCUUCUUUUUUUUUACACCCCUGCUGCUGUGCUGUUUGCUAUGUCCCUUUCCGCAGAACGAGGAAUAUUUAGCAGCUCAUUCGGAUGUGUCAUCCCAAUGCCAUAUCCAUUCUGAUGAAGAUCGAAAGUCGAACAACUGUGCUGUCAUCGUAAAAUCACCUGACCCCUGGACUAAAGGAGGGUUGGUCUGUCCUGAAUAAUGGGGGGCGUUUGGAAGCAGCAAAGAAAACGUUUUUGUCCAAAGAAUGGGUGUUCUGAGGAGGGAAGAACAAGUGUGGUGCGGAGGGAUUGAUGAGAUCAUGACAUUUCCCCAGGAGGAAAAUAUGUCUGAAGACUGUGAAGGAGGGAGAGAGGGAGGGGAGCAGGGGAGGGAGGGAAGGUGAAAUCGUACUACCACCAGGAUAAUGGAUUUGCAUUUAUAUUCCCGCCCAGUAGGAAUCUGGUCCCUUUUUGGAAGGAACAAAGAGAUCUUGCAGUG